ACCACCAACAUGGCUGCUCGUAAACAUUACGAUUCGAUUGCUAUCGAACAAAUCGAAUCAGAUGAAACAGAUGACGAGGAUGUAUUUUUCAACGAUCCUCGCAGAAAUCUGUUAAAAGAUUUCUCUAAAACAAGCAGUAAUGAGACAAACCUGAAUGUUGGAGAGGAACAUAUGAAAGUUUAUUUAAGAAUUCGACCUCUCUCAGAAGACGAACAAAAUAGACAGGAAAAUCAGAGCUGUGUGGAGGUGGAGGAUGACAACCAUGUUGUAACCCAUGCCCCUAAGGAUUCUCACACAUUUAAGAACUGCACCCAUGGCCUUGGUAAAACCACUCAAAAAUUCACUUUCUCCAAAAUAUUUUCUGAGACGACGAGCCAGAAAGAUUUGUUUGAUCAGACCAUGCUAGGUCUUGUCAAAGACUUUAUCAGUGGUCAGAACUGUCUCGUCUUCACAUAUGGUGUAACGAGCUCUGGAAAAACAUAUACCAUUCAAGGACAGCCAAGUGAUGCAGGUGUCCUGCCUAGAGCGCUGGACGUUCUGUUUAAUAGUAUCAAUGGGAAACAGGUUGAGGGGAUGAAGCUGAAGCCCAACAUGUUCACAGAUGUGACGAAACUCUCCAGUGCUGAGGAAGAGGCAGAGAAAAACUUUAAGGAAAAGACUCUCAAAAUGAGCAAUGAUGAUGAGCCAGAUGUGAUGAGCUUAUUGGGAGAGGAUGCUUCGGAUAUAACCAAUACAACAACAUGCUCCGAGAGUUCUAAUGUGUCCUAUGCUAACUCGGAGAGACAGAAAGCCUCCCUGGACCCUGAGGAUCUACUGAGUGAGAUUGAAGAACGUGUGCGGGAGGAGACGGCCGUAAGUGUAGAGGACCAGGGUAGCAUCAAGUUCUCCAUCUGGGUCUCCUUUGCAGAAAUCUAUAAUGAACAAAUAUUUGACCUUCUUGUGUCCAUCCCAAAGAAGAAGAAUGUGCGGAGACCUGUCCUCAAACUUAGUGACGAUAAAAAAGGCAGUCCCUACAUAAAAGGAUUAAAGGAAAUCCAUGUGACAUCUGCAGACGAGGCAUACAAGUUAUUAACUAUCGGUAAACAAAAUCUGCGUACAGCCUGCACCAAACUCAACCACCAGUCAUCACGAAGUCACUGCAUCUUCAACAUCAAGAUUGUACGUGUAAUGGAUGUAGACGACCCUCAUGUGGCCAGAGUUAGCAUGUUAUCCCUCUGCGAUUUGGCCGGCUCUGAGCGGUAUUCAAAAACACAAAGUAAUGGAGAGCGUUUGAAGGAAGCUGGUAACAUUAACACUUCCCUUAUGACCCUGGGUCGGUGUAUAGAAAUGUUACGCUACAACCAACACCAUAAAGAGAAGCAAAAGAUUAUACCCUUCCGGGACAGCAAGCUGACACGAUUGUUUCAGAAUUUCUUUUCUGGUCGGGGGAAGGCAGCCAUGAUAGUGAAUGUGAAUCAGUGUGCCAGCAUGUUUGAUGAAACUCUUCAUGUGUUCAAGUUCUCUGCUAUAGCUAAACAGGUGGUCGUCAUACAGAAGCCCGACCCUCCACCAAGGCCAAGGUUACUGACAAUUUCUGUGCCGCCGCCUGUCGAGUCCGUCAGAGCACCAUCAAUAGCCUGGGCAACUCCUGGACAGCUCCACACAGCAGAAAAGAUACCCCUCCCCGAGGAUGAGGAGGAUAACUUAGGGGAGACAGAUGAGGUUGCGGAGCUGGUGCAUGUGAUCGAGGAGAUGGAAAAGGAAAUCCGUGGACUGCGGAAAGAAAUGCGGCACCAAGAGGGUCGUAUCCGUGAAGAGGUCUGCCAGGAAAUGAUGAAACAAUUUGUUGCUAUUGAGAAUGAAUGCAGGGAGCGGAUUCGUUGGACAGAAGAGCUGGCUGAGGAGACAAUGGAGAAGAGGAUCAAAGUCUUUACAGAUGCUUAUAAAGAUCAAAGGAAGUCAGCCAAGAAAAGCAAGCAGAGUCAACGUAUGGAGGAUGAAGAUGAUGAAUGGGUGUCCAGUAUCCUGCUCCAUCAAGAGAAGGUCAAAGUUGAGGAGAAAGAGAAAGAAGUCUCCAGACUUCAGCAGCAGAUUAGAGAGUUUGAACAACAGGAUUCUACGGAGAAAACAAAAGAUGACCAGACAUCAGUGGUUGAGGAGAUGUCACUUCAACUUACAGAGCUACGCGAGACAGUUUCAGAGAAGGACGAAGAGAUAGAUAAGCUGAAUGAGAUGCUGGAGGAAGCUGGAGAGACAUUUGCUGAGAAGGAGACAGAACUUUCCCGUUUACACAAUCUCAUUUCUGGUCACGAGGACAAGAUUAAGGAACAGGGAAGAACGACUGCAGAUUUGGAGGAAGCACUUAGGGAGAGCCGACUUGCCCUUGACACUGCAGACCGACGUCUCACACAACAGGAGGAUGCUGCUACUACUCAAAAUGAGGCCAAGGCCAAAUUACAAGGUACAAAGGGCAAAUUGCAAAAAGUUGUAUCCAAAAGUACAAGAGUAAAAUAUACUCCCCCUUUAUUCUCCUCCCUGGAUAGUCCAGCCAGCACUAGCCAGAAUAAGAAUGUAAUUUUGAGACCUAGCACAGAGCUGAUAUCGAAGUUUAACCCCAGCAAGCGAAUUUUACAGCUGAUUGUUACCCCUCUACAAAAUAAAAUCCUUGCCCACCACACUCGCACCAGCCUUCUGCGGCUACGUAACUCCCCUGCUAAAGAUCCAACACGAGGUCGCGCGUGUCUAAACAGGAUUCAAGAAACUGAUAAAGAAAACCCCAGAGGACAUAAAAAUAUCAAGCGAAAGCUUGUAGAUGACAAUGACACUAGCCUGAGCAAACGGCGGAGAGUGAGCUUAAAAAGAAAUCGCGUCAGUGGAAGCCGGGAAACUCGGCGACGGAUAUCUGGGAAAAAGUACAACCUGAGGAGUAAACGAUUCGUGUGUUUGUGUCUCGUUGCAGAGGAACUGAGCACUGUCAAAGGAUGUGUCGGGUUCCUGGAGCAGACUGUCAAACAGAAGGAGGAGGAAGUACGUGUGUGGAAGUCAAGAUGUCAGCGGGCAGAGGAGGACAGUAUUAAGCAGGAACAGGCCCUUAUCAAUGGCUACAAGGCUGAGAUCUCCACACUCAAACAACAGAUGUUGGAGAUGAAAUCUAACUCUAGUGUGACAAAGACUUCAACACUCUUGUGUGAUUCCUCUCCAAGAAAAAAAGUAAUGGAUGAGGAAAAAGACACUUUCUACCAGAACUUGUCUGUCCAGUUGAAGGAGUUACAGGCAGAACUAGACAGAAACUCAGCUGUUACACUGGAGCUUCAACAGGCACUAGAGACUGCUAGGGCAGUGAGUGAGGACCUUGACCAACAGCUGGGCCAGGAAAAGAAUGGUCACAAAGAGACCAGAGCCCAACUCUCUCAACUAGUACAGGAGAACGAGGAACUACAACAGCUCAAGGUCAAGGUCACACAACUAGAAAACAGCUUUGAGGACCGAGAGCAAAAUCUAGCUUCUGAGGUGGAACAAAAUCUUCGAGCUGAAGGAUUGAUAGCAGAGCUUGAGGAGGAACUGAGGACAUUUAAGUCUGCAGACUACCCAGAUCAGGCAGUGCGGCUGGAGAAGGAGGUGGCAACACUCCAGGAAUCGCUGGCUGGGAAGGAGGAAGAGUUGGAAACUCUCACAGAGAAAGUGGAAGAGUUAGAGACGGUCAAUGGUGGUUUACGAGAAAUGGUCAACCAGACAACUGCUGACCUCCAGGCCAAAGAGCAUAUGCUCACAGAGGUGACAGCUAAGAUCAAGGUAAAUGAAGAUAUGAAACAGAGUGCCUUGUCCCCGAGCAGCCCUCUAUCCAGCCUCCAGCGUAGGAUGAAAGAGAUCCGGCACGAGUCAGAGGCCACCAAAAAGGAGCUGACAACCACUGUCAAGGAACACAAGAAACUACAGGGGGAAUUCAGUACAGCAAAAGUAACCAUCAAGGAAGGGCAGGAGAAGGUCGACCAGCUGACUUCUCAUAUCAAGGACCUCGAAUUCCAACUCGACGAGAGCCAGAUCGAUCGAUCACACAUUAUGGAGGAUCAGAGAAUAGCUGAAGAUAAGGUUGAUCAACUACAAGUCAAAGUCGAGGAGCUAGAGAAAUGUGUCGAAGAACGCAAUACACAACUGACAAAGCUCAAUGGAGAGAUGGAACAACUAGUUGCCAAAGGUGAGAAGGAAGACCAGAUAGAAAGACAGAAUAUUGAAGGAAUGAAGGAGGAACUGGAACAAGCCAAACAAGACCUAGAUACAAAAAGACAGCUGGCUGAGAAUAUGUCAGAGGAGCUACAAAAGAUCAAGGAUGAAUUAAAACAAAUAUCAAAGAAAGGCAGCAAAGGUAGUAAGAAAGUGAUAGAGAGGCUGGAAGGUCAGUGUGAACAGCUAGGUCAGACUAUCAAGGACAGGGAGGCUGAAAUAGAGAGACUCAAGUCAGAGUUGUCAGCUAUCCAGUCAUCUGCAGACACGGGAGUGAUUGUCAAGUCAAACCAAAUUGACAGUCUCCAUGAUGAGCUUAAAAAUCUGCAGACAGAGAUGGCGGUGAUGGAGAAAAAGAUAGCUGACAGGGACCGCGCGAUUAAAGACCUCAAUGAACUGUAUGAACAGGACCAGAAGGAGUUGGAUGAGAAAGAUUUCACAUUGAGAACUCUGAGAAAAGAAAAAGAAAAGGCCUCUGGGGAAAGUGAAAGGGCAGUUACUCAGAAGUUGACAAAACUUCAGGAGGAAUUGGAGGCCAAAACAGAGAGAAUUUGUGAGUUGGAAACUAUGGAGGAGAAAACAAAACAACUUGAAGAUGAGAUAGCCAGCUUAAGACAGAAACUUAGUGAGCUAGAAAAUGUUAAUGAGGAAAAAGAACAAGUUGAAAAUGAACUAGAAGGAAAAGCACAAAAACUUUCUAAAUUGGAAACUGUGAAUGAGAAAAAGGAACAAGUCGAGAAUGAGUUAGCCAGCCUAAGAGAUAAACUUAAGGAGUUAGAAAAUGUGACACAAGAAAAGGAACAACUCGAAAAGGAGUUAGCCAGCCUAAGAGAUAAAAUAAUUGAAUUAGAAAAUGUGACAAAAGAAAAGAAACAACUUGAGAAUGAGUUAGCCAGUUUGGGACAGAAUCUCAGCGAACUUAAAACAGUGAAGGAUGAAAAUGAACAAGUUAUGAGCGAGCUAAAGAGCUUAAGACAGAAACUUUGUGAAUUUAAAUCACUUCAGGAGGAAAAGGAAGAGCUAGUAAAGGAAUUAGAGGAUAACACACACAGACUUUGUGAACUGAAAUUAAAGGAAAAAUUAAUUCAGCUUCAAGAAGAAUUAGAUUGUAAAGAAACGAAGAUGUGUGAAUUGAACACAGCCAGAGAGAAAGAUGAAGGGGAAUUGAAAAGUCAAGCAGAAGGAAUCAGUAAACUUUCAGAGCAAGUGGAGUCAACAGAAUCCAGGAUAAAGGAUUUGAUGACAGAGAGGAGUGAGUUAGAAAAGAAAGCUGAGAGUCUAGAGGAAAGUUUACACGGAAAAGACCACCAGCUAGAGGAGCUGAAGAAGGUUUUAACAGACCUUCAAAAUGAGACUAAAAUGUCCAGUAACGAAACAAACUCUGAACUCUCUAAAGUCAAAAUGGAGCUGGCAGAGACCAAGUCGGCCUUACACAUGACAAAUACACUUCACCAGAGGGCCAAGAAAGAGCUGUUGGAAAAAACCAAACACGCCCAGGAACUGGAGGAGAGGUCAAAGGUCAGAUGUGAAGAGGAGGUCAGUAAAAAGGCAGAAAUGGAAGAAGAGAUGGCAGCAGUUAAAGGAAAGCUGGUAGAACUUGAGUCCUUAAAACACGACCUGGAAUCAAAAAAUCAGACAGUUAAAUGUCUAAACAAUGAACUAGAGGUGGCCAUGACUAAGGUUGGUGAUCUUACCUCACAGAAUGCUGAGACAGACAGAAAAAUGCAAGAGCUGGAGGGAAAAAUUACUGUGCAGAGUGAACAAAGUAAGAUUCAACUUCAACAGGAAGAGGAGAAACUCUCAGCUCUAGUGAAGGCUUGUGAGGAAAAGUCCAGCAUCAUAGAAUCGCAAGCAGCUAAGAUCAAGGAACUAGCUGGGGAUAAGGAUAAGUCUGAUGUGUUAGUCACUGAAGUUGGUCAAAAAAUUAAGAAGAUUGAGGAAUUGACAAAUACAAUCAAUCAGCUAGAGACAAAGCUACACAAUAGUGAGGUAGGUCGGUUACCAUGUAGUCCUCAAAAGGAAAGACAGGAUUUAACAAGACAACUUGAGGACUUGCAGAAUACUCUUGAAAGAGAGAGGGUGAAAAGUGAGGAGUACCACAAGCUGUUGGAGGAGAUGCGGGUGAAAGCCUGUCUCAGUCCAGGUAGUGAAAGCAGUAGUGUGAGGAGGCUGCGCAAGGACAAGAUCGACGCUGACAAUGCUCUACUGGAGGCCAAAUGUAAAAUCUCGUCCUUGGAACGGCGACUCGCGGACUCCAACUUACAAAUCAGUCCAAGGAAGUACAAGGAUGAGGAGUCACAGAAGUUGAAGUUAGAACUGCAAGAGUGUCACCAGAAAAUGGAGACUUUGGAAGGGACAAGUGAGGCACCAAGAGCGAAUUUUCUCAUCACCACGACAGUGAGGGUCUCCAGCAGGGCUCUGUCACCAGUCCCAACGGUACACAGGGAACUCAACCGUAGCCAGGAGCGGGAACAGACCUUAAGACGACAGUUACAGCAGGCUAGCACAAGUCUUCAGGAACUGGGUCACAAAGUCAGCGACCUUGAGGACCAGCUCUCGCAUAAAGUGAAGGCUAUUCAGGAUGCUGAAGACACCAUUCAGGCCCUAAAGAAUCCUGGGUCCCGCAGUGGCCGCCCAAGCACAGUAGCUGAAGUGUGUCGUCUAGAGGCAGAGCUGAAGCAAAGGUGGGGCCAGAUUCAGGAGCUCCAAUCUGACCUUAUCCGUCGUGAUGAGAAGCUGUCAGCUAAGUCACAGGCUCUCAAAGACUUCAAGAUAUCCAUGGAAAGAGAGCGAAAUGAUUUUGAAGCUGCUCUAACAGAUGCCAAGGCUAACGAGUCCUUGAUAGAGAUGUUGAAGAAUGCCAUCACAGAACAAGAGGAGACAAUGGAAAAACAGGAUUCUUACCUUCACAGGAAAGAAGAGGAAAUCAGAAACCUCUCCCAGGAACUGGAAAAGUAUACUGACAAGUACCGGCAGGUUUUAGAAAGUACUGGUGAUUCUGGCCGAAGAAUGAUGGAACUGACCAGGGAGAAUGUCCGUCAAGUUACUGAACAUUCACAGCAACUGAAGGAGCAGGAAGAGAAAGUGUGCAGAUUGACCCAGACACUCCAGGAGCAGGAAACAGCUGUACGCAAACUGACAGAUGACAAAGAAAAGCUAGGUCUUGUCCUGAAGGAAAACAAUAAAGAACUCAAAGACUUGGAGAAACUGCUGUCAGAAAGUCGCACAGAAACAGAGAGUCUAAGAGAAAGGCUUAAUUCCAACACCGAGAGCAAGUCUGAUGCUACGGAAAAGGCAGAAAGUGAGGUAGCCAUAUUACAGGUCAAGAUGAGGGAGAAAGAACAUGCACUGCGAGAUUCCCAGCGAUCACUGCGGCGGCUGGAGGAGGAACUUAACAAAGCACAACAACAAGCCAAUCACAGUGAAGCAGAACUGAUGAAGGUCAAACAGGCAUUGGAGGAAAAAGAAAGUCAGCUCAAGACCUGGAGGACAGAGAGAGACAAUCUUGUGGCUGGCCUAGAGGGUAUAAUGAAGAAACAACAGAAAGAAAUUUGUGACCUCAAGGAUCAGGUCAAGGCAAAUCAAAGGGGUCGUCACCAUGACGAUAGUAUAGUAUCGCCAUCAAAGUCAAGUCAUACAAGUCAUCGCGAAGACAAUACUACUUCACCACCGGCCAGGCCACCGGCACCGGUCAGGUCAAGUUUCAGGAACAAUCAUCAUGAUGAUCAAGAUAUGACGCCAGAUAAAUUGAGUCACAAGGGUCAUUGUCAGGGUGAAAGUACCUCAAAUAGGUCAACUCACAGUAGACAUCACCGUGGUGAUAAAGUUUUAUCACCAGUUCGGUCAGCUCACAAAGCACAUCACCAAGGCAGUGUCACUUUGUCACCCGUCAUUGUGAAGGAGGAGGUUCCUUCUGGUGAUAGUAGCAGUAGUGACGAUAGACUGAAGUCACCUCACCCGGGGAGAGAAACAUCGCACCGCUCUCACAGACAGAGCUCACGCAAGAUGUCAACAGACCAGUGUCCCCUAACAAAGACACCAAACACAGACGCAGCAAGGAGUCACCGGAGUUCUAGUAGGCGCAGUCGUAAGAGGAGAUCAGUGAGCGAGUCAGAAUUAGAGCUGCCAGCCAAGAAGAGAGACAACUUUGAUGCGACGUUUGCUUCAGAGGAAAGCAGUAUUUCUGAUCAUGUUCAGAUAGACGCUACUCCUCCAGUGGCAGCACGAAAUCUCAGGAAAAGUCGAAAAAAACAAGGCAACACAGAAUCUGAGGGUAAGGAGAAUACAGGGCCAUCAUCGUCAUUGUCAUCGUCUCGCCGCACUAGGAGGGGCACUAAAGGUACGGAGGAACCAGGUCUAGGACGCAUAGGCUCCAUUGUGUCUGCUAUCAAAAACUCGUCUCUAACACGUUCAGCUAAAAAAUUGUUAGAUGAUAUUUCUGAGUCCCCAGUCCAGUCAACACGAGACAGCACUGCAUUAACAAAUACACAGUCCACACCAGACAGCCACUAUGUAGAGGUAGAAGAUCAGGGCACACAGAUGUCAGGGGGGAGGAAGCAGGAGCACACCAAACGCUCCCGUAAACGACACCAACUCUACAACGAAAGUCUGCACAUAUCAGAGCCAUUAGAAGGAGGACUAUUUGUGCCUAACACUCCCACCAAUGAUGUCCAUGGAAUUGUAUUGAGGAAGCUGCGGACGCGGAAACAUUAAACAAAAAAUGGGAGAUACAGCACACGUAUAGGACACAUAUUUACCUGCUUUGGAGACAAUUUAAAAGUUACACAUGUAGGGUACAAUGUAUACUAGCACAGUCACCUAUCAUAUAGGUGAAAAAAUGGUGAUUUUUCAUUUAAGCGGUUCUUAUUGGUACAAGCGGCUCUU